CCGCAAUCCUGCAUUCGAGUUCAGUGACGCCUACUUGCAGCAAGCGUGCGAUUUCCAUGCGGCGAGGCUGCCACGAUCAUGUGUGCGUGUUGUCUCAUGCUAAUUUUCGCGGCGCCACUCCCCUGUCUUCCCCACUCUUUGGAAUUUGCGGUGCGUUGUAGCUCAGACUCUUCUCUCGGCUGUUUCAAGCCUCCUUUGCAACAAACAAUACCCUCGGCCGAUUUUACUCUUUUGCCGUAUAAUUUUCCCCAAAAGCUCCGUGAUUGUUCGUCGUGCUAACCUUUUUGUUUUUGCUUCCUAAUAGACCGAUAUAGAACAGAACAAGUAUAGAAGCGCCUCCAAAAGUCUACGCCAUAGUACCAGCCAAAAACACCAGCCA